CUCCUGGGCUGGGAAAUCCCUCCUCUCUGCUGAUAUAAGAGGUGACAGGGCCUGGCCUCGGGGCUCUGCUGCUGCAGACUGGAGCACAUCAUGCGCAGCCCCUUGGGAGCCCUCUGCCUGAGCUGGGCCCUGGCCCUGGCCCACCCCCUGGGUCACGGGAGCAGCAAGUUCAAUGGCACUGGCGGCAGCAGCUGGCACCACUCGGCCUCACAGCCUCCGCUCAACGACACAGAGACCGCCAGGCGCUGUGCCAACGAGGAAGGCUUUGACGCCAUCACGCUGGACGAGAGAGGCAACAUGCUCUUCUUCAAAGGGGACGUGGUCUGGAAGGGCUUCAGUGGGCCGGCCGAGCCCCUCAACGCCUCCUGGCCCCAGAUCCAGGGGCCCCUCGAUGCCGCCUUGAGGAUCCACCACCUGGACCAGCCGGUUGCCCACGACAACGUCUACCUCUUCCAGGGCCCGUGGGUCUGGGCUUAUGCCCAGGGCAAGCUGAGGCCCGGCUUCCCCCGGCGCAUCGAGGAAGAGUUCAGAGGGGUGCCGGGGCCCCUGGAUGCCGCUGUGGAGUGUCACCCCAAGGAGUGCGCGGCCGCCACCGUCCUCUUCUUCAAGGGCCCCCUGGUCUUCUCCUACGACUUGGCCACCGGGAUGGUGAAGCAGCGCUCCUGGCCGGCCGUGGCCAACUGCUCCUCCGCCGUGCGCUGGCUGGAGCGCUAUUACUGCUUCCAGGGCAUCCAGUUCUUGCGCUUCGACCCCGUCACGGGCGAGGUGCCCCCCAAGUACCCGCGGGAUGCCAGGGACUACUUCAUGCGCUGCCCGGGAAGAGGCCACGGGCACGAGGCACAGGCCAAUGCCACCCUCCGGGCAGCCAUGGACCCCUGCAGCGGGGAGCCCUUCCAAGCCUUCUCCUCGGACGACUUGGGGCGCAUCUAUGCCUUCCGCGGGGGGCAGUAUCUCCGCGUGGACUCCUGGCGCGACGGCUGGCAUGCCUGGCCUCUCAGCCACACCUGGAAGGGCCUGGAGGGGGAUGUGGACGCCGCCUUCAGCUGGGAGGACAAAUUCUACCUGAUCCAGGUAUGGGGGGCAGGGCAGCUGGGGGGGGAAGAUACACCUCCCUUAUCAGGAGGAAUAUGGGAACGGGUGCCAGCCCUGGGGGAGGGCAGGGGUCAGCUCUGUCCCCCAUCUCUGUGGUCUGGCCAGAAGACGGGGCCUAAGAGGUCCGAGGGAGCCAUGGAGUCUCAAGGGGGGGGGUCUCUAACCUCUCAUAGGAUGAGUGAACUGCUACAUAGGGAUUCCUCUUCCUUUGCCCACCAGAAGGCAGGUGCCCCCUCCCAGUAUUAAGCUUCUGGCCCAUCUCUCCCCACCAACUGCCACCACACUUCCCAUAGGGAGGCUCAAAAAUGGACACCCCCAUGGUGCAACUGGGGAACAGAAAUGCAGCUAUGCUUUUGUUCACUGAAAC